AUGCCUGGUUCCACCAUUUCGAUCUCUCCUGCACGCACUGUUUCGCUCUCUCCCUCCCGCGAAGACCGAGGCGACACUAACGUCGAGAUUCAAUUUAGGAGAAACAUCACCAUCAACAACUCGACUGGUGCUGAGCACCACUACACCUUCACCGACGAAGAGGAAGAUUCCUCGGGCGUCCAGGUCUCGUCUGGCAGCCAGGAGUACACCGACGAGUCAGAGGAAGAGGACGACGAGGAGUGGGACUACAUUGACGAGAUCGAGCCCUCAGACUCGGCCUCACGUCCAGCGCGAGUGAAGCACCACACUGUCACCGCGCCCGCACCUCCCUCCCGACCCCCGCAAGGUGCCCGCCGCAAGUCUGCACGGCACACGCCUGUCCACGAAGACGCGCGCCACAGGUCCCGCAGCAGGCACAACCUAGAACACGAGGCGAGGCCGCGACGGCGAAGGCCUCAAUCCGUACAUUCGGAAAGUCUGGACAGCCACGACGACUACCCCUAUGGCCCUCCACGGCCGGGGCCCUCUCCGCAUCACCCUCACGACCAGUGGGCGCACGUUCCUCAGCAACCUACCCCAAGUGGCUAUGCCCCCAGUAUGAUGUCCGACCCGCGUUACAACCCCUUCCAGGGCGGUCCAUCAGGACCGCCUUCCGCGCCUGAUCAGCUGGUGCCUUUUGGAGGACGUCCCGAUCAGUAUGGAUACAAUGCGAACCCAUUUGCGCCAGGAGGUGGAGGCCCCAAUCCUUUCGCCUCACCUCACGCUGGCGCGGGAGCCAAUGGCUACUUUGAGGGCCAUGGACACGCAGCUCACGGAGGCAGACGAGGCCACCGCAACUCUAUGCCUCCGCCUGGCCCCAACGAGAUGGGCGCAAUGAUGCCGUACGGCUAUGGCGGCCAACAAGGAUACUACCCUCCCUACGGCAUGCCUCCUUACGGUGCGCCUGGUGGCAUGCCAGGCAUGCCCGGCAUGCACCCCAUGUAUCCGCCACACCCGCCUCGUGAUUACAGUCCUCCGCACCACCGAUCUCGGUCAGGAAAGUCUACCCCCGCGCACCACGACGAACACCCACAGGCCCCGCCUCCACCACCAUCCGCUCCUCCACCGCCCCAGGCUGUUGCGGUGAUGCCUCCCCCUCCUCCUCAAGCUUUCAUGCCACCACCUCCGGACCCCCAAGAGAACCAUGUGCUCAGCAAACUCGAGAUGAUCUUGCUUGGCAAGCAGGAGAUGGAGGAGAAGAAAGCCGAAGAUUUGAAGUUCUCUCGCCUGGAGCAAUUGCUCAUCGAACAACAGCAAGCACGCAUCGAUAAGGAGGCAGCUAAGCGGAAGGCCGCCGAGGAAGCUGCUGCUGCUGCUGCUGCGGCCAAGUUGAAGGGCGACGAGGACAAGCUUGAGAAACUCGAGAAGCUUAUCCUUGCGCAGAAGGAGGAGCAGCUGAAGCGCGAUGAAGCCAUUGAAGCAGCCCGCAAAGCCGCUAAGGAGGAAGCGGAUGCAAAGAUGGCGAAGGAAGCCGCUGACGCGGCAGCCUCAGCCGAGGCGGCAAAGAAGUUAUUGGAGGCAGCGAAGGCAGCUCGAGAGGAAGCUGAGAAGAAGGCGGCUAAGGAAGCAGAAGACACGAAAGCUGCACACGAGAAAGCACUCGAAGAAGCCAAAAAAGCCCAGGAGGAGCUUGAGAAGGCUAAGAAAGCUGCCGAGGAGGAGGCUGCGAAGUUGAAGCCGUCAGAUGCACCGAAAGCUCCGAUCAAAUUUAAGGAUGCAGUUGGCCGCAAGUUCAGCUUCCCGUGGCACCUUUGCAAGACAUGGAAGGGAAUGGAAGAGUUGAUCAAACAGGCCUUCCUUCAUGUCGACGUGAUUGGUCCCCACGUACACGAGGGCCAUUACGACCUCGUCGGACCGGAUGGCGAAAUCAUUUUGCCACAGCUUGGGAAGCCCAAAAAAUCGAACAAGAAGCGUGAGUCCGCUCACAUUGUCAUUCCUCCACCUCCACCGAUGGUGAUUCCCGAUCUUCCGCCGCCGCCGCCUCCUCCCCCAGGUCCCCCGAUGGCGCCACCAGGUAUAGAGAUCCUACCAAUGAACCCAACGCCCAGCGUUGCCGGAUCACGUCCUCGAGUGAAGAAAGCCGCGCCAUCGGGGUUUAUGAAGUGGGCGGCUGGGGGCGGCGGCUCUGGUCGUUCAUCGUCUGUGAAGAAGGCGAAGAAACCUGCUUAG